GCAUGGUUAACCUUACUUCACUUUCCCCUCUAUAUAUAAAUCCCAUGUCACAGCCAACCCCAUUAUCUUCCAACAACAUAUUAAUUAAAGCUCUCCCUCAACUCAACUAUGCUUACUUCCACUUCUUCCAGGACUUCCACUCAAUUUUUCCAGGAUUUUCUUGGAGAGUUUUACUCCAGAAGAUUGCUCCUCCGCACCCCACUUUUCCAGUCCACCAAUCUGGCUGCCCCUCCCGGAACCCCUCAUGACCCCUCCGAACCUUAUUCCGGCAACAACAGCUUCGACGCCAAUGUGGUCAUGGUUCUCUCAGUCCUUCUCUGCGCCCUGAUUUGCUCCCUUGGAUUGAACUCCAUCAUCCGAUGUGCCCUCAGAUGUUCAACGUUUGUUGCCUCGAGAUCAGGCGCCAACUCCACGGCAAGAUUAGCCAACACAGGAGUGAAACAGAAGGCCCUCAAGACUUUCACAAUCCUCAACUUUUCACCGGAUUUAAAGCUCCCAGGAUUGGGCACGGAGUGUGUAAUUUGCCUAUCCGAAUUUACGUUGGGCGACCGUGUCCGCCUCCUCCCGAAAUGCAACCAUGGAUUCCAUGUUCGGUGCAUUGACAAGUGGCUGAGCUCGCACUCUUCUUGCCCUACUUGCCGACACUGCCUGCUCGAAACUUGCCAGAAAAUUGUUGGCUGCAAUCAGGCGAGUUCAUCAGAAUCUGAGGCUCAGCCUGCACAGGAAACGAUUGUGAGCAUACCACCACUAGAACCUGAAGGUCUGAUACAAAGUUAUAGAGGGAUUAGCUAGAAGUAUAUUUUGGUUACUAGAAUAUGUGAUAUCACACGAAUUUGUAGUUUUAGCUGUAAAUUACAUGUAUAGUUUGAAUAGUAGCAUGAUGAUUUUAGAUCUAAUCUUCCCUUGUAAUUGUAAUUGUGAAAAUGAAAUUAGAUAUUAAAAUUACAGUCCA